AUGACGGUGGGCAUCAAGCCGAGUCUGAUUCCCAAGAAGAAUCGCCGGUUGAUUUAUGAAUACCUCUUUAAGGAGGGCGUCCUGGUUGUGCAGAAGAACCCCAAGUUGGAGCGGCACCCAGAAGUUCCCGUGCCAAAUUUGCAUGUGAUGAUGGUGAUGAAGUCUCUCAAGUCGAAGGACUUCUGCGAGGAGAUGUUCAACUGGCAGCACAAUUACUACACCCUUAAGAACGAAGGCAUGGAAUUUCUAAGGGAUUACCUGCGCCUGCCCCCCACUGUCUUCCCUGCAACUCUCACAAAGAAAACAACGACUCGCGCUCAGCGUCCAGGACCUGAGGGAGAGGCGGCUGGUGAACCCGAGAACUGGAGAGGCGGAAUGGGCAGAGGCAGAGGGCGGCCAAUGGGCGAACGUGCUGGAGAGCCCCGAGUUGGGGGCGAGAGGGCAGACAGACCUCCUCGCUACGCUUAA